AUGGUUAACGCUCAAGUGCAACAGUGGAUCCAACAAAACUACCCUUCGCCUACGAUAGAUCCGGAAUGGCUUGAGCCAUGCUGCGAGCAUAUCACGAGCGAGGACCAUCUCGACCCCGACAACCCAGCCCACUUCGACCGCUUCGUCCAGCAAAUCGAGUUCCACCUGCUCAACAAUGCUCUCCAAGACUCGAUGGUGCCGGAAACCGGUAUACCCAUCAUCCCGCGAACGGGGGAAAUGACCAUCACGGGUCCGAUCCUCGUUGAGGUGCGCGCGAUCAUGGAGGUGGGGCACAGCGCGUACGAUCUUUGGCGCGUCCGGGCCGCGCGUCAGGAGCGCGGCGUUGUGCGGCUGUCGGGGCGGGAGGACGAGCAGCAGGAAGAGGGGCAGGAGGACGAGGACGAGGGGCCGAUUCCGAAGUAUCCGAGGGGCAUGUUGGAUCUGGUGCUCACCGAUGGGUCGCGCUCGCUCAAGGCGAUGGAGUACAGGUUCAUUCCGGAGAUUGUGCUUGGAGAGACGAGGCUCGGGCAUAAAGUACGUAUUUUUUCUAUUUGCUCGUGA